AUGAACCGAAUCCAACAAACACGGGUAGAGAUGAUGAAUUUCAGCGCAUCAGAAAUCACAGAAGAAAUCAGUUCGAUAGAAUACCUGUAUGACAUUAACAUCCAGCAUGAGUACAUAACUAGAAUUCCUGUCCCGCCACCUCUACCGAAGUCUGAUCAGCUCCCUAGAAGUUAUAAUGUGCCGCAGCGUCCACCUAAAUACCCUCGUGGAGAUCUACUUGCAAGUAGAGAAGACUACUUCAAUAUAUGUGUCCCGUUGUAUGAAGCAUCAAUUAUCAGCAAUUGGGAGGCUGCUAAUGUUGUUCUUGAAAGAUGCCCAGAGUUGGUACGCUUCGCGAUUAAUGAAAACUGGGAAACACCACUUCACGUUGUAGCAUCAGCGGAAGAAACCAAGCAGACGAUUCAGUUUGUAAAGCAUCUCGUCAAAAGGAUGGAAAGUGGGGAACUGGAAUAUCAGAAUAAGAGUGGCAACACUGCUCUUUGCUUAGCAUGUAUAGCCGGAAAUGUCAAAAUGGUCAAGAUCAUGGUUAAAAGUCACCCGAGACUACUGGACAUUCCCGGUAGUCAAAGAAUGAUGCCAUUAUAUUUGAGUGCUUUACAUGGGAGGUAUGAAACAGUGAAAUAUCUUUAUGAAAAAUCUUGUAAGAUGACUGGUGAACAUUGGACAACUCAGAAGCAGGGUUGGGUACUAUUGAAGUGUGUUGAGUAUGAGUUCUUUGAUAUUGCGUUGAACAUUGUAGAGGACUGUCCAACACUCGUAAGUAAUGGGAAUGUGUUUGGAGCUUUGGCUCGAAAACCUGAUGCCUUUAAUGGAGUACUUGAGCAGAAAUUAUCUACGAGAAUCAUAACUUCAAUUUGCAGAUUUCUGAAGGCAAAAUCUUCUGCUGAAGAGGAUAGUACUGGUGCACAUAAAUUACUAAGAAUUAGCUUGAGGAAUACCAUCAGAAAGAUGUCAAAACAAGAAGUUGAUGUUAUACUUAAAGGGCCUGGCUUGGUUAGAGAUGGAAUGGUAGAAUAUUCUUCGAGAAUAUUAUUUGUUGCUGCAGAAAUGGGCAACGCCAUAUUUCUAAUUGAGCUACUUCGAGCCUAUCCUGACCUAAUAUGGAGUGUAAAUGAUGACAAUUACUCUAUAUUUCACGUAGCUACUAUUAACCGUCAUCAAGAUGUUUACAACCUAUUGUAUGAGAUAGGCCCAAUGAAAGAUAUGUUAACGUCGCUCGAAGAUAAAAAUGGCAAUAAUAUGCUUCAUUUAGUUGGAAUGACUUCCAGGACUAUGAGAUCUCAGAAGUUUGGAGCAUCUCUACUAAUGCAAAGAGAGUUGUCGUGGUUCAAGGAAGUGGAGAAGAUGAUCCCAUCAACUUUAAGAACAAGGAAGAACAAUGCUGGUGAAACACCGUAUGGCUUAUUCUUUCAGAAUAACCAAGAUCUAGUCUCCCAAGGUUUAAAUUGGACGAAAAAUGGUAUGAUCGUUGCCACUCUUAUCAUCACCGUAGCUUUUGCUGUAGCUUUCACGGUUCCUGGUGGCUAUAACCAAGAGCAUGGGAAUCCUAUCUUCAUCCAUAGACAUACCUUCUUUGUUUUCGUUAUUGCAGACGCUGUUUCUUUAUUCUCUUCUUCAACUUCACUGCUUGUGUUUCUGUCUAUCCUCACAUCUCGUCACAGUCCACGUGAUUUCAUGUUUUCGUUACCCACAAAGCUUAUGAUAGGGCAAGUAACACUUUUCAUUUCUGUAGCAGCCAUGAUGGUCACUUUUAGUGCUAGUUUCUUUGUGAUAUACCAACACAAGUUGACAUGGUUACCCAUCCUAAUUGCUACACUUGCUGCCAUGCCUGUCAUCGUCUUCGCUGUACUGCAGUUUCCUCUUUGGGUGGAUAUGUUUAGCUCCAGGUUUGAUUCUCAUAAUCUCUUUAAGCCCAAGAAACGUAUGCUUUACUGCACAAACCCAAGGUUCUAG